AUGCGAUUGGUCGGCGUGGUGGGAGCCCGGCUCCGCAGGGCGGUCGAGAAGGAGGAGGAGAGGGAGCGGCCGGCGCCCCCCCCGCCCUCACACCACUCCAACAAGCAGUUUGAAAGCAUGAAGAGCAAGUUCUUCAAUGAGCUCACGCACCUGCCAAAUCAUAAACUCAAGAUGCCCAUGUGGGCAGUGGGAGCCAUCGUGGUCGUGGUCCUCGCCCUCAUCGCCUGCAUGGGAUUCUGCAUCUACAGGAAGUGCAUCAACAAGGGCAGCAAGCCCAAGAAGGUCCGCGAGAGGAAGGGAGGACGAGGGCGCAGAAAGAAGGAUAAGGAGGGAGAGGAUGGCGAUGGGAAGAAGGAAGGAGAAGAAGGAAAGGAGGAAGAGGAGAAGGAGUCCCUCGGGAAACUGGAGUACUCACUGGACUAUAACUUCACUGAUAACAUGUUGAUCGUGGGCAUCCUCCAGGCAGAAGACCUCCCUGCUAUGGACAUGGGGGGGACCUCAGACCCUUAUGUCAAAGUUUACAUGCUGCCCGACAAGAAGAAGAAGUUUGAGACCAAAGUUCAGCGUAAGAACUUGUGUCCAGUCUUCAACGAGACCUUUUCCUUCAAGAUUCCCUACACCGAGCUGGGUGGACAGACGCUGGUGCUGCAGGUGUUUGACUUUGACCGUUUUGGUAAACAUGACAACAUUGGCGAGAUCAAGAUCCCGAUGAACAGCAUCGACCUGGCACAGCCCAUCCACGAAUGGAAAGAUCUGGUCGGAGGAGAGAAAGAGGAGAUAGAGAAGCUGGGCGAUGUCUGUAUUUCCCUUCGUUACGUCCCCACCGCCGGGAAGUUAACGGUCAACAUCAUGGAAGCAAAGAACCUGAAGAAGAUGGACGUUGGCGGCCUGUCAGAUCCCUUCGUCAAGGUGGUGCUGCAGCUCAACGGCAAACGCCUGAAGAAGAAGAAGACGUCUGUCAAGCAGAACACUCUGAACCCGUACUUCAACGAGAGCUUCAGCUUCGAGAUCCCGUUCUCCCAGAUCCAGAAACUCCAGGUGGUGAUCACCGUGUACGACUACGACAAGCUGGGCAGCAACGACGCCAUCGGCAAGUGCUGGAUGGGCUACGGCGCCUCGGGCGUGGGCCUGCGCCACUGGGCGGAGAUGCUGGCCAAUCCCAGGCGUCCUGUGGCCCAGUGGCACAUACUGCAGCCGGAGGAGGAGGUGGAUGCCGCUCUGAAGGCUCCGAUUCGCUAAACACACUCACACCAACAUCUGCAGAGGAGCCGUGUUCUUUCAUCUGGAGAGUUUAAGAAAGGAUCUGUAAUCUUUCACACCUACAUUGAUGUUGUGUUCUCUUUGUAUGACUACGUGUGUGUGUGUGUGCGUGCUUGAUAUUUGACUGAAUGCAUGAAUCAGAUUUAUACAAACAACACACAUUAAAGUGUUAGUUUGUCCUCCAGCUCAGAUACGGACCAAACUCCACUUAGUGUUUGCAUUUUAGAUUCUUAGAGAGUGAAGUGCUAGAACUUCGUCUACUCUCUGCCAAGACAAUAGAAAACUGACACAGAUCUGAAGUGUGAAUAUUCUCAUGUUUCCUCUCGUUUACCCUCAGAAUCCUGUCGAAUCAGUCGAAAAGUGUGUUUUCCUUUGAAAUGUGAUGCAUCUAGUUACAUGUGUUUACUCUUUGUGGCUCCGUCCGUGUUUGAAUGAGAGGAGAUCCUGUCUGGAGCAAAUGGAACAUUGA